AAGGUUUUCGCAUUCUCCAAGAUGGCCAAGGACACGCCGAGCACGCAGCCGCCCCGCGGCCAGCCCGUGAGCAACCGGCCGUGGAAGAAGACGCAGACGCAGCGCAAGUCGAUGAUGACGUACAAGGCGACCAAGACGCUGAGCACGACGUGGGACGAGAAGAUGGCGAUGAAGGCCAAGAAGAAGGAGAUGAAGGACCUCGAGCACGAGAUUGCGGCGCGCAAGAAGCAGGAGCGCCUCGACAAGAAGAUUGCGCGCGAAGAGAAGGAGAAGCGGCGAAUGGCCAACGAAAUGAAGUCGUCGACGGUCCAGCAGAUCUCCAAGACGCACAAGCUCAAGACCAUGUCCAAGAAGCAGCUCCGCCAGAUCCGCAAGACGCGCAUGAACAAGAACGGCGUCGUCGAGUACGUGCCCAUUUACACCAAGUAGUAGAACGAACCUCCUCUAAUCUAUGCGUAUACCCAUCUC